AUCGUAUGGCGCGCGCUAUCCCUCAGGGGGCCAUGGACAGCACCGCGAUGCGCCAUGGCUCGAUGUAGGUAGACCGGAUCACCUGCAGAGGCGCCAGAGGCGCGCGCCCGCCAUGGCGCCCGUGGCUUCGUGCGGAUUCGCCGUGCAUGCGACCAAGAAAGGGGAGCUGCCUUUGAAGGUGGAGAAGCGCGCCAAGGGAAAGAAGGUGACGAUCAUCGGCAAUGUCUCCGGCGAUGCCACCCGUUUGUCUCGCGGGCUGCAGACCAUGCUGGGAGUUGGUGGUUCUGUCCGACAGGCUGAACGCGGCUCUUGGUCAGUGGAAGUGCAGGGUGACCAAGUGCCACGCGUCACGAAGGCACUUCUCGACUUUCAAUGCCUUCACGGACUCUCGAGCAGUUCCUUAGAGACCGCGCGGACCCUGAGCGAGUCCCGGCGGACAGACUCCGUGGUGGAUCGUACAGCUGCUACGAAGUUCUUAGCCCAGACACGCUCAGGGGCCUCAAUGUCUCCAGAAGAGGAGCGACGGCGGCUAUUGGAGCAAGAGGCGGAGUUCUACGGACAGUUCUGGGAGAGCGCGAUCAGCUCCGGCGACUUCCUCGACAUCUUCGAGGUCGAAGUCCAAGAGCUGCCGCCCGGUCAGACAACUUCACCGCGCCGUGGCAAGCUAGAAGGCCCUGAGUUGAAUAUGGCCCUCCAGACCUUGGGCCUGCUGGCAGAGUGUGGAAAAGCCGUGCGUGAGUUCUGGCAGAACUCCGGCAUGAGCCUGCAGCAGUUCAGGAAGAUGGCGAUGAACCCCGGCGCCCGCAUGGUCGCGGAGGGCCCUGGCCGCCGCGAGGUGCCGACGAACCUGAAGUCACGGCAGAAGCUCUCAGAUUGGCGCUCUGGUGCUGCUCGGGCCAGCUACUUCUCGCCAGCAGUGAGUGCCAUCGACAGUUACGAGCGUGGCAAGGCAGCUGCCCCGAGGAGCACGGUGCUCACAUAUCCAGAGGAGCCUUCUUUGAAGGUGGAGGAGGACGAGGAAGGCUGGUGCCGAGCAAUGCUCAGCUACAGCGUACCUUUGCCAGUGCCCGCUUCAGGCCUCUCAAAGGAGGACACGGACCAAGCAGCCAAGAAGGCGCUUCGUGCCUUGGAGUCUCGGCUCUCAGAGGAUUUUUCAGGGGUGGAGCGAAGCAUCCCUGGAGUUACGUGCUUCUUGGAUGUCAGCACUUUUGGCCUGGAGCGGGGAAGUGCACGAGCGGGACGAGGGUGGGAGGAUUUGUCCAUCAGCGAAGGUGACUUCCUGCAGGGCCAGCGGCGCGAAGCAGGAAAGGCGCUGACGCCCCAAGACAAGGAUGAGAUGAGGCUCGAAAAGAAGCUUCGGGAGAUCUUGGCCUUGAAGCGUCGCCAGGUGGAGGGAGAGAAGUUGGAGAAGCUUCAGGCAGAGAAGGUGCAGAAGCGGGUGGAGCUCUUCCAAGAGGUCGCUGAGCUCAAACUUCGGAGAGCUGAGAAGGAGCUGAUGCUGCUCUUCAAGAAGAAGCAAAAGGGCUUUCAGGAGGCAUUCUGGGCUGCGGAAGCCGAGGAGAAGGAUGCCAAAAGUGCCAAUGCCUCUGCGCCCUUCGGAGUGUUCAACCAAGAGAGAUGUGACGGCCCAGUCACUGUGAGCUCUGACCAAGUGCUGGCUGAGAGUGCUGCGCCGCGCUGGGUGGGAGUUCCUCUUCAUGUGCCUGUGAAGCAGGGUGAGGUGGCCGCCUUCACCGUGGAGAUUAUGCGUGGCACUGCGGUGCGCCUGGGCUGGGCUUGGCCUUCGGCGGCGAUGGCUCCAGUGGGUCGAGAUGCUGAGGGCUUCGGCUUUGAGAGCAGCGGACAGAAGGUCACUAAAGGCCACGGAGAGAUCUAUGGUGAAGGCUUUGGCGCGGGCGACACCAUCCACUGCGAGGCCGAGCGGGAAGACGGCAGGUUGCGGAUCGGCUUCGCCCACAACUCGGAGCCCUUGGGCGUUGCCUUCGACGUGAGGGACCAGUGGCCGGAGCAGAGCCUGACGGCAGUGGUCUCGGGGAAGAACUUCAAGGUUCAGUUGAUCUCUGCAGAGGCGAUGCCAUUGGAGGAGGCACCUGAGCCUAUUCUGCAGAACUAUGUCAGCUACGACCCGCCCAAGUUGGCACGGGUUCAGAGGGACUUCCAAGCCGGCGGGCAGGAGAACUUACUGCUUUGGUCCGGAGAGACUGUCUACGUGUCGGCCAACGACGGGAAGGGAUGGCUCUAUGGGUUCUUCCUGGACGAAGAGGACCCGGAUGAUGGAGGAUGGUUCCCGGUGGAUGCAGUGUCCUUUCUGGAUGAGGAGGAGGCGGCCGGUGAGCCUUCUCCCCAAACAGAGGCGUCCGCAGCCGAUCCGGAGCCCGCAGAGGGCUGGUCGGCGCCAGCACAGGUAGAGGAAGCCUGGCAAGAUUGGACCGCGGCCCCGCCACAAGAAGCGCCAGAAGCGCCGCCUUGGGGCGAAGCUGAAGCGGUGGAAGCAGUUGCGGAGGAUUGUCCUGUGGAAGGGCUAGAGGAUUGGCUGCUAAGCAUCUCCCUGCACCAUUACGGGCCACAGGCCAUGGAAUGGUGUGUGGAGAUGGGCGCAGUUUCAAUCGAGGAGAUCAAAGAGAGUUGGGAGGACUUUGCACAGGACUUGCGCUUGAAGCCUUUGGAGAAGAAUCGCUUGCGGAAGGCUUGCCAAUGAUUCCAUGCGCGAAACAUCGAUUCA